GUCUGGAGCAGCAUUUAAAUCCUGGGAGGUCCGAGCUGUCUGCAGCAGGACAGAGGAGCUAGGCAUCAGCAUCGUAGGCUUUGCAGUUCCUUGUGGCAUUCUCGGAGGAAGGCAGCCAAGGACCACCAGCCAUGAGAUUCGCAGUGGUUUGCUUCUGCCUCUUUGGCAUUGCCUCCUCUCUCCCGGUGAAAGUGGCUGAUUCUGGCAGCUCCGAGAAGAAGCUGCUUUUCAGCAAACACUCAGAUACUGUAGCCACAUGGCUGGAGCCCGACCCAUCUCAGAAGCAAAACCUCCUAGCCCCACAGAAUGUCGUGUCCUCUGAAGAAAUCGAUGUCUUGAAACAAGACACUCUCCCAAGCAACUCCAAUGAAAGCCAUGACCACAUGGAUGAUGAUGAUGAUGAUGACGACAGAGACCAUGCAGACAGCCAGGAUUCUGUGGACUCAGAUGAAUCUGAUGAAGACGACCAUCCUGAUGAUUCUCACCAUUCUGAUGAGUCUGAUGAGUCCUUUGACGCUACCACACAAACAGAAGUUUUGACUCCAGCUGUCCCUACAGUGGACAUUCCCGAUGGCCGAGGUGACAGUUUGGCUUACGGAAUGAGGUCAAAGUCCAGGAAGUUCCACAUUUCUGAUGACCAGUAUCCUGAUGCUACAGAUGAGGACUUCACCUCCCAUAUGAAGAGCAAGGAGUUGGAUGAUGCUUUCAAGGUCAUCCCUGUUGCCCACCAUCUGAACGUGCCCUCUGGCAAGACCAGUCAUGAGUCAAGUCAGCUGGAUGAACCAAGUGUGGAAACCCACAGCCAAGAGCAAUCCCAGGAGGAUAAACAGAAGGCCAGUCAUGAAAGCACUGAGCUGUCUGAUGUGAUUGACAGCAAGGAAAGUUCCAAAGCCAGCCAGGAACAUCAGAGCCAUGAGUUCCACAGCCAGGAAGACAAGCUAGUUCCAGUCUCUAAGAGUAAGGAAGACACUAACAACCUGAAAAUUCUCAUUUCUCAUGAAAUAGAGAGUUCAUCUUCUGAGGUCAAUUAAAAAAGAGGCAAAACCACAGUUCCUUACUUUGCUUUUAGUAAAAAGAAAAGAAAAGAAGAAAAAAAUAUUAGUGAGGGCUAAGCAGGAACAUUAGCCGCUUAUUUCUCAGUUUAGUGGGUGUACGCAUGUGGAGAAGGAAACAGAUAACAUUGUGAGCCAUUAGCUUAGUUUUGUUGCUUCAUGAAAACACCCUGUAACCUAAAAGCGUCAGCACUUUGCCUCUGCUCUUUCUGUCGAAGAAAGCACACCUCUACUGCAUCUUAAUGAUUGUUAUUCUUUCAUGAAUGAAAUGUAUGUAGACACAAGCAAAAUGCCUUCACACGCUUAAAAGAGAAACUAUAACCGUCGAUGUCACUACAACCUUUUGGUUUUAUAAUUAGUGUACAUUUUGUUGUGAUUAUUUUUGUUGGUGUGAAUAAAUCUUAUAUCCUGAA